CCAUGCAGCAUAAGAAAAUUGUUAGUAUGUAUUUUUCUUUUUUCAUGUGUUUGCUUUUAAUCUUGAGAUCAGCCAACGCCCAAAACACCAACAACAAUACAGAUUCUACUACAAUCACAAAACCAGGAUGUCCACAAAAGUGUGGAAACCUAACAGUUCCAUAUCCAUUUGGAAUUGGGUCAGGUUGUGCGUUAGACCCCGUAUUUGAGAUCGAAUGCAACGUCACAACACCCUUCAUAGGGAACGUUCAAGUGUACGACAUCUCCGACUCAGAAAUGCGCAUAUCUAACUCUGUAGUCUGGAGUUGUUACUCAUCCGAUGGAACACUUUUACUCCCAAAUAAUCCCAUAUCGAUGAAAAUAGGACCAACACACCCUUACAGUAUAUCAAACGUAAACAAAUUCACUGUCGUUGGUUGUGAUGACGGUUCUGUACUAAAUGAUUUUUACUUCGCUAGUGGUUGUGGCUCUCUCUGCAGUCAUAAUUCUAGUGAUGCUGUUAAUGAAGGAACAUGUAAGCAAGAAAAUGGUUGUUGUCAAAUAGAUAUAACAAAGGGGAUGAAAUCCUUCGGAAUAACAAUGACUACCGUGUAUAACCACACAGGAGUUUGGUCUUUCAAUCCAUGUGGCUACGCGUUCCUUGAUUGGACCAUCGGAAAUCUUACUUGUGUUGAAGCAAAGAAAAGCAAAGAUUAUGCUUGUUUGGUUAAUAGCCAGUGUGUGGAUUCCGACACUGACAGUAUUGGUGGAUAUCGAUGCAGUUGUAACCCGGGAUAUGAAGGCAAUCCAUACAUCAAUCCAGGCUGCCAAGGUAAUUGACUUGAUGUCCUAAUUACUUUUAUUACUAAGCUAGAAAGUGAUUUUUUUUUUUUGUUUUAAUAAAGAGAAACAAAGUAUAAGAAGAAGUGAUUUAAUAGGUUGGGUGGUAGGAGAGAAACUGAAAUUUCUAGGUCAUUAAAAUUAAAAGUUUUUUAAGGACAAGAAUUCUCAUGAGUCAAUUCAGGUUACAUACCAACUCAAUUUUUAAUGGAUUGAAAUGAGUUGAAGUAAUGAAUGAGCGGAUCGA